AUGGACGCAAACGCGAUUCUGAAACAGGAUGCCUCCAUGCCAAUUGCUAUUGUUGGCAUGGGAGGCAGAUUUCCAGGUGAAGCUACCAACCCGGAUAAGCUCUGGGACAUGGUCUCGAAAGGACGAAAUGCCCUUUCAGAGGAAGACAUCGCUAGAUUCGAUGCUCCUUUCUUCUCUAUCACAGCCAAGGAGGCACAUGCUAUGGAUCCACAACAACGAUUAGCUCUGGAGCUAUCGUAUGAAGGACUUGAGAAUGCUGGUAUUAGCAUUGAGGAGAUUGCGGGAUCCAAUAUGUCCUGCUAUAUGGCUUCAUUUACAAAAGAUUAUACGGGCAUGAGAGGCCAUGAUGCUGAAGAUAUUCCUUUAUAUGAAGGAACGGGUAAUGGCGCUGCUUUAAUCUCGAACCGUGUCUCAUGGUUCCUUGAUAUCAAAGGACCCAGUCUCAGUCUGGACACAGCAUGUUCAUCUUCGCUUGUAGCCCUUCAUCUUGCUUGCCAGAGCAUUCGGGCGGGAGAAUCAACCUCAGCAAUUGUCGGAGGUACCAAUAUCAUUUUGAUGCCAGAGAUGCAAAACGCCAUGACAUCACUCCAUUUCCUCAGUCCUGACUCCAAGUCCAUGUCAUUUGAUCACAAGGCGAACGGCUAUGCCCGAGGAGAAGGUGCAGCUGUUGUCAUAUUAAAACCUCUUGCAGACGCACUGCGAGACGGCAACGUCAUCAGAGCCGUCAUCAGAGGUACAGGUGUCAACCAGGAUGGUAGAACUCCUGGUAUUACCGUGCCAUCUUCAAAGGCACAGGAGGAACUGAUACGCGUAACAUAUGCCUCUGCUGGGCUGGACUUUAAGCAGACUGGCUACUUUGAAGCUCACGGCACAGGAACUCCUGUUGGUGACCCUCUGGAAUGCGCUGCUAUUGCCGCUACCUUUGGUCAAGUAAGACCAGAGUCAGAUCCUCUCCUAAUCGGCUCAGUGAAAACAAAUAUCGGCCACAUGGAGGGAGCCGCUGGUCUUGCGGGUCUGGUCAAAGCCGUCUAUGCCUUAGAGAGAGGACAAGUGCCACCGAACCUUUGGUUCGAAAAGGCAAACCCUCGCAUUCCUUUGGCAAAGUGGAAACUAAAGGUUCCCACAGAACUAACCCCAUGGCCUACUGAGGGUGUCCGCAGAGCCAGUGUCAAUUCAUUCGGUUAUGGUGGUUUCCACAACACCAUUUCUGAUACACCUGCUGUCCUCAAAGCCCUGCCAUCUACAACUCCGGUGGCCGACCCGUUGCCUCAGCUUCUUGUCUGGUCUUCACCCGAACAGAAGGGAGCUGAUCGCACUGCAGCUAGCUUGGCAUCAUAUGUCAAGUCUCUCAGCGUCUCACCAGCAGAAGAAAGCGCCUUGCUCGGAAGACUAUCAUUUACACUAUCCAACAAGCGUAGCAAGUUCCCAUGGAAAUCAUUUGGCAUUGCCUCCACCCUUCAAGAGGCUAUUGAUGCUUUUGAGCAGCCAAGGAAACCUGAACGGUCUGCCGAACAGCCUACUGUCGCUUUUGCCUUCACUGGACAGGGUGCUCAAUGGUAUGCUAUGGGUCGUGACUUGUUCAAAUACCCGGUGUUUAGAGAGUCAAUUCAAGCUGCGGCUUCGUCACUGAAGCAACUUGGUUGUGAAUGGGACCUUGUCGAGGAGCUCAAUGCGAUUGCGGAAAAAUCGCGUAUCAAUGACCCGGCUCUCAGCCAACCUGCUUGUACGGCUUUGCAAGUGGCUCUCGUAGACCUUCUCAGCAGCUGGGGCGUGAAGCCAUCUGUUGUAGUAGGCCACUCUAGCGGAGAAAUUGCUGCUGCCUAUGCAAAGCGAGCCAUUAGCCGGGAAUCUGCUUGGAAAGUUGCAUACUUCCGUGGUCUUCUCUCUAGCACCAUCAAGAAAGAAGGCGCUAUGCUUGCGGCUGGCUUGGGCUAUGAGGAUGCCCAGGCUCUCGUUGAUCAGGUCACGGACGGUGAUUUGGUCGUCGCUUGUAUUAACAGUCCAUCUAGUGUUACACUCUCUGGUGACAUCUCUGCCAUCUCUCAAGCCCAAGCUUUGCUGGAAGAGAGGAAGGUGUUCAACAGAAAGCUCAUGGUGAAGACGGCUUACCAUUCUCCCCACAUGAAGGCUAUCGAAGCAUCAUAUCUGAAAUCGAUUAGCGAUAUCUCAUUAGCGACAGACGAUGCCAGCGUGCGGAUGUUCUCGUCUGUGACAGGAGAGAUUAUUGAAGCGGCUGAGCUUGCAAACCCAUCAUACUGGGUCUCUAACUUGGUAAAUCCCGUCAAGUUCAACCAAUCGUUGCAAGCGGCAAUCAAACACAACCCAACCAAAAGACGAACGACGAAAAACACUGGUGGAAUUAACUUCAUUGUCGAAGUUGGACCUCAUGCCGCUCUCCAAGGGCCCAUCCGACAAGUCUUAUCAGUCGAAGAAGCCAAGAAACUCAAUAUCCUUUAUGUCUCACUCCUCAAACGCGAUAGCAGUGCCAGCUUAACCGCGAUUGAAGCAAUGGGAACUUUGUUCCAACGCGGCUAUGCUGUGGAUGUUGCUCAGGUUAACAACUCUAGCAAAGAUACGUCAGCAGCCCUUGUUGACAUGCCUCCGUUUGCUUGGAACCACAGCACAAAAUACUGGUACGAAUCGCCCAUCUCUCGCGCUUACCGAUUGCGAGACAUGCCGAGGCACGACCUCGUCGGAGCCAGAGACGAAUACUCCAGCGAGCAACAGCCCAGCUGGCGCAACUAUCUCCGAGUUUCCGAAAUUCCAUGGUUGGAGCACCAUCAAGUCCAGUCGUCCAUCUUGUAUCCCUUUGCGGGUAUGAUCGUCAUGGCCGUCGAGGCUUCACGUCAGGUGGCCGAUAAGACGAAGGAGAUUGAGGGCUUUCAGCUGCGAGACAUCUCAGCUGGUGCGGCCAUGAUCAUUCCAGCUGACGAAGCCGUUGAGUCAAAGAUUCAACUUCGCCCUUGGCGCGCUGGCUCAAGGCUUCCCGAUUGGACGUGGAACGAGUUCACCAUCUCCUGCCGAGAUCGCCAAGGAGCCUGGACACAACACUGUUCAGGUUUAAUCCAAGUCAAGUAUAAGACGGCAGUCAACCCUACUUUUACGAAUGAAGACGCUGCCAGAGCCAAGAAGUUCCGAGAAGAGUAUCAGCAAAUCACGGACGCUGGAUUGGAUAUUGAGGAUCCAGCUGACGUCUACGCUUCGCUCGCUGAACUCGGUUUGCAAUGGGGCCCAUCUUUCAAGUCACUGGUCCAUAUCGGUUCAGGGCAUUACCAGGCUCAAUGCGCUAUCGAAGUUCCAGACACAAAGUCCUAUAUGCCUGAGAACUUUGAGCAUGAUCAUAUUAUCCACCCUGCAACGCUCGAUGGUAUCGUACAAAUGAUUGUGCCUGCCUGCUCACCUCGGGGAGCACUUGUUGAUAGAGCCAAGAUCCCUCGCUUCGUUGAGAGUGUCUACAUCUCAAGCAAAGUGGCGAGCAAGAAGCCUGGUGACAAGCUUUACGGUUACUCUCGCUCUACAGCACACGGUUUCCAGGAAUCAGGAUGCAGAGUCAUCACGCUCGAGACAAUGACGGAGGGCAUUGCGUCUGCUUCUGCUACAACUAAGUCCAUCAAGAAACUAGGCGCGUGUACUCACUGGGGACCUGACAUUGAAGAGCUCACUGCCGAUGAAUACGAAACAAUCUACGAUCUCGAAUUGGCUUGUCUAAUUAUCUGCAAGAGAGUCCUUCGAAAGUUUACUGCAGAAGACUCGAAGACGUUCGCGCCACAUCAUCGUCUGUUCUAUGAAUACAUGCAGCACCAAUACGACCUUGCUGUCGAAGGCAAGCUCAGCUGCCAGAGCUCCCCCAUCAAGAAGAUUGACUGGUUGAACACUACCGAGGAAUUUGAUGCCGCCUUACUCGAGAAGGUUUCUAAUGAGUCUGUGGACGGAAAGAUGCUGGUUCGCGUCGCCUAUGCGAUGAAUGAGAUCCUCACCGGCGCAAUUGAGCCUCUGCAGGUUCUCCGUGAAGACGACUUACUGACUUCAUAUUACCGAAACGUCAUUGGUGUUGAAAAGGUCAAUCCAGUCCUUGAAGAAUACGUGAGGCAAAUCUCUCACAAGAGACCACUUCGCGUCUUGGAGGUUGGCGCAGGUACUGGCGCAACCACGAAGCUGGUUCUGACGACGCUUGGGAAGCGCGAUGAUGCCGCCGCUAGGCUGAAGCUGUACACGUUCACUGAUAUUAGCAGCGGAUACUUUGAACCUGCUGCCAAGGACUUCAGCGAAUACGCCGAGUUCUUGGAAUACAAGAUUCUUAACAUCGAGAAGGAUCCCGCUGAGCAAGGAUUCCCUGUCGGCCAAUACGAUAUUGUCAUUGCAAACAACGUUAUUCAUGCUUGCUCAUCUAUCGACAGAUGUUUGGCGCACUGCCGUAGCAUGCUCAGACCUGGCGGAGUUUUGCUCCUGGGUGAGCUGACCACAACGAUGGCUCGUGUUCCGAUGAUCUUCGGAACACUUCCCGGGUGGUGGCUAGGUGAAAACGAUAACAGAAAAUGGGGCCCAAGACUCUCAGAAAGCGAAUGGGACGUUUACCUGCGCAGGCACGGAUUUGGUGGACUGCAUGUGUCCUUCCGAGACGAUAGCAGAGAAGAUGUUUACCAGUCUUCGCUCAUUUUCUCAGUGGCUGUAGAGACCACCUCUCCCCCGCUGCCCAAGAACGCCGUCGUCGUCAAGCCAGCAGUCGCUGACCCUGUUGUCGAUGCGAUGGCAUCAAAGCUAUCGGAGCUGCUAGAUAAGGAGGGCGUUCAAGUUGAAGUAGUUUCAUUGAAAGACGUCAACACGACUGAUUUCAGCGGCAAGGCAUGCAUUGUCGCAGUGGAGUCGAACAAACCUCUGCUUCAUGAAAUCAAGGGUGAGGACUGGAAGUCUACCAAGAAGGCAGUUCUUGGAUCAAGAAGCACUCUGUGGCUCACUAAUGGUGGUACCAUGGAAUGUACCACUCCCGAGUCCAGUCUUAUUGUUGGACUUUCCAGAACUAUUCGAGGAGAAAAUCCCGGCCUACAGUUCACAACGCUUGAUCUUGAUCCCAAGGAAUCCAUUGACUCCGACACCACUUGCGCGACUAUUAGCCAGAUCUUCAAGUCUAAGGCUGAUCCUUCAAAUGCGGAAUGGGAGUAUGCUCUGCGCAAUAAGCUGCUCAAUGUUCCUCGUCUAUAUCCCGACCACGAGGUGAGCAGCCUCUUCGAGACCAACGCAGAAGAUCCUCCUGCAGUCAAGUUGCCUUUCAAUCAGCCAGGCCGUGCUCUUGCGCUCGAGAUCAAAGUACCUGGAAUGUUGGAUACCUUCCAGUUCACUGACUGUGACGAGUACCCACUCCCACUUGGUGAUCGAGAGGUCGAAAUCAAGGUCAAGGCUGUGGGUAUGAACUUCCACGACGUCAUGAUUGCCAUGGGUCAAAUCCAGGAUACCAACUUGGGUGUUGAGUGUAGUGGCGUCGUCACUCGCAUUGGAAAAGCCGUCACCCAAUGGAAGGAGGGUGACAGGGUCAUGACAUUCCGUCUGGGAACUUACCGCACGUAUAUUCGUAACCCAGAGGAGAUGUUCCAGAGAAUGCCUGACGGAAUGUCGUUCGAAGAGGGUGGAUCAAUCGUCUCUAUCUACGGAACAGCCGUCUACUCGCUGUUUGAUGUCGCCCGCCUGCAGAAGGGUGAAAGCGUUCUUAUCCACUCUGCCGCAGGUGGUUUCGGUCAAGGAGCUAUCAUUAUCUCUCAGUAUAUCGGUGCCGAGAUCUUCGUGACAGUUUCAACAGAGUUCAAGAAGCGCUUCUUAAUGGAGACGUAUGGUAUCCGUGAGGAUCACAUAUUUAACAGCCGUGACCAUAGCUUUGCCGCUGGUAUUAAGCGUAUGACUAACGGUAAGGGUGUCGACGUCGUCUUGAACUCUCUUGCUGGAGAGGGACUACGGCAAAGUUGGCUGUGUGUUGCGCCUUUUGGUCGGUUCAUUGAACUGGGCAAGCGAGAUAUUACCGGUAACACUGGCCUGGACAUGACGCCUUUCCUACAUAACAUUAGCUUCUCUGGCGUGAACAUGCUGUCUGUAUACAGAGAGAAUGUCCCGCUGCUCAGCAGAAUCCUAGCAGACGUGAUGAAGUACUGGGCCAUGGGUGUUACUAAACUCGUCACGCCUCUCAAGGUUAUGAACUUUUCCCAGAUCGAAGAAGCGUUCCGAAUUAUGCAGACCGGAAAGCACAUCGGAAAGAUGGUAUUGGCCGCUAAUGAUGAUGACAUUGUUCCGAUUGUCCCUCCUAAGAAGAAGGAAUUCACGCUGUCUUCCAAUGCCACUUAUAUCAUCCCUGGUGGCCUUGGUGGUCUCGGACGAUCGCUUGCAAUGUGGAUGGCCUCAAAGGGUGCUCGCUACCUUGCCUUUACGUCUCGUUCAGGCGCAAGCAGGCCAGAGGCAAAGGCACUUCUAGACGAAUUGGCGAAGAUCAACGUCCAGAGCAAGGCUUUCGCAAGCGAUAUCAGCAACGAGGCCGAGCUCACCAGAGUGCUGCAAGAGAUCAAAUCUGCCAACUUCCCCGCCAUUCGCGGAGUCAUUACCUUUGCCAUGCAGUUGCAAGAUGUUUUCUUUGAGAACAUGACUGUUGAGGAGUUUCACACUGCUGUCCGCCCCAAAGUUCAGGUCACAAGAAACUUGCACCAACAGCUGCCUAAAGAUCUUGACUUCUUCAUCUGCAUGUCCUCGGUUGGAGGUAUUGUAGGAUCUAGAGGACAAGGCAACUACAACGCCGGAAACACAUACCAAGAUGCCGUCGCUCGCCACCGCCGUUCCCUUGGUCUUAAAGGAACAAGUAUCGAUCUUGGUCUCGUUUUGGGCGUCGGUUGGGCUGCAGUUCACGGUGAAGCAUUAGGCUAUCUUAACUCUGGCGCAAUGGCUGGUCUUAAGGAAACUGAGGUGCUGGAUGUUAUAGAGGCAGGCAUGGCUGGCUUGCUACCGGAGGCUGAAAACACGGUCGGCCUAACGACAGGAGGCAUGCUUAAGCAGGGCGGCUAUGAAGAGCUGUACUGGCACAGCGAGCGCCGUUUUGGUCCAGUCAGUGUCUACGACACACAGGAUAACGGCACUGCUGGUUCCGGUGAGCCUGACAGAUCCGAAGAGCUUCGCACAGCUCUAGGUGCUGCACAGAACCUGGAUGAAGCUGGAGCUGCUGUUUGCGUAGCGCUGAUGCGGAAAUUGGCCAAGGCCAUGAUGAUGGACGAAGCGGAUCUUGACUCUGGCCGUCCUGCGAAUGCGUACGGUGUUGACAGUCUUGUCGCUGUGGAGAUCCGAGCUUGGGUAUUCAAGACCGUCAAGAGUGACAUCUCUGUGUUCGACAUCUUGAGCAAUGCCCCACUGGCUACGCUUGCUGGGCUCAUUGCUUCUAAGUCCUCAUACGUGCCAGUUGCGAUUCGCGGUGAAGGAGUUUCUUUGGAGAAGUGA